UGACGGUUGGUGCUGGCUGGGGACGGCGGUGGCAGCUCCCGGAGCUGGAGCGGAAGGAGGAGUGGGCCGGGGGCCGGGCGGAGAUUAAGGUUGGAGACAAAGUUUCGGCAGCUGGUGCGCCUUUGCCAUGCUGAAAAUGCCGGCGAAUGGGAGAGAGUCGCCCCUAGAGCAGGAUUUCUUCAAGGAUGCCUCAUUCCCUGCCUGUGACUCUUCCCUGUUUUGUACCUUUUCCACUCCCCUGGCUCAGUUCCGAGAAGAUAUCACCUGGCUUCGACCACAGGAAAUUUGUUCCACACCUCGACUGUUCCCAGAUAACCCACAGGAAGGCCAGAUAAAGCAGGGGAUUCUGGGCGACUGCUGGUUCCUCUGUGCCUGUGCAGCCCUCCAGAAGAGCAAGCAUCUCCUGGAUCAGGUGAUUCCACCAGGACAGCCCAGCUGGCCGGAUCCAGCAUAUCGUGGGUGUUUUACCUGUCGGGUGUGGCAGUUUGGACAGUGGGUGGAGGUGACCGUGGAUGACCGCCUACCGUGCCUUGGGGGGAGACUGUGCUUUUCCCAGUGUCAGACAGAAGAUGUGUUCUGGCUCCCCUUGCUGGAAAAGGUGUAUGCCAAGGUGUAUGGGUCCUAUGAACAUCUGUGGGCAGGGCAGGUGGCGGAUGCCUUGGUGGAUCUAACUGGAGGUCUGGCGGAAAGGUGGAGCCUGAAGGACCCAGGAAAAAGUGGGGACAAGGCGAGCAGUCCCAGCAGCUUGGAGCAGAGGACCUUUCGCAGGCUGCUGGACUUCAAGGACCAGUGUGUGAUAAGCUGCUCGGUUCUCAGCUCCAGGGAAGGUGCCAGUGAACUAGGGGAGUUUCACGCCUUCAUCGUCUCGGACGUACGGGAGCUCCGCAGCAUUUUGGGCAGGGAGCUGCUGUUGCUCCGGAUUCUGAACCCGUGGGGUCGGCGGUGCUGGCGGGGGCCCUGGAGAGAGGAAGGUGAGGGAUGGAGCCAGCUAGACCCAGCGGACGCUUCUGAACUCUUGUCCCAGCUCCAGGGAGGGGAAUUUUGGGUUGAGGAAGAGGAGUUUAUCAGAGAGUUUGAUGAGAUCACCGUGGGCUACCCAGUCACAGAGGAGGGCCACCUGCAGAGCCUCUACACCGCAAAGGUGUUACGUCACACUCAGAAGCUGCCUGGGGCCUGGGUCAAAGGGCAGUCUGCAGGAGGUUGCCGUAACAACAGCAGUUUCCCUAGCAAUCCCAAAUUCUGGCUGCGGGUCUUGGAACCAAGUGAGGUAUGCAUUGCCCUCCUGCAGAGACCCCGAAUGUGCCAGGCUGACUGGGCAGGCAGGAUCCUGGCCCCAGCUCCAAGCAGAGGCAGCAGACCAGCCCUGAGCCCGCAGGGCCUCCCCGGGAAGGAUUACCAAGCAGUGGGACUCCACGUGUGGAAGGUGGAGAAGAAGCGGGUCAGCCUGCCUGGGGUCCUGUCUGCCCCGCCUGUGGCAGGCACUGCCUGCCACACGUAUGACCGGGAAGUCCACCUGCGCUGCGCCCUCUCUGCGGGCUACUACUUGGUGGUCCCCAGCACCUUCCUGAAGGACGCCGCUGGGCACUUCCUGCUGCGAGUGUUUGCCAGUGGCAGGAUCUCGCUCAGUGAAAUCAAGCCAACCUCUGGUAGUGCCUCCGCCUGUCAAGACUUUCCUGCUGGGGAGUGGGAGACAGUACAGCUGACAGGAUGCUGGAGGAGUGGGCACUCUGCAGGGGGCAGCAGGAACUUCCCAUCCUAUGCCAGCAAUCCCUGCUUCCCUCUCUUCGUCCCCCCGGGCACGGGCCCCCGCAGCAUCCGAGUCACGUUGCGCCAGCACUGCCAGGACAGUGAGUGUCACCCAAUCGGCUUCCACAUCUUCCAGAUGCCAGAGAGCGGCUGGCCGCGGGGGUCUUCCUCCCUGCUCCAGCUCGAGCCCUUGCUCAGCUGCGUGCCUCACCGCUAUGCGCAGGAAGUAAGCCACCUGUGUCGACUCUCGUCGGGCAGUUACAAGAUCGUGCCCUCCACCUACCUGCCUGAUACGGAGGGAGACUUCACCGUCAUCAUAGCCACCCAGAUAGACAGGAGGCCUAUCCGGAGCCAGGAGACAUUGGGGCAGCUCCUGCAGGAGGUCUCCUUCACAGCAGUGAUGAAAAGGUGACUGGACAUGUCCCAGGUGAGAGCAUUCAGGUAACGAGCAUAGAACUGCUGUCUGCGUGCUCGCUGACUGUCUAGAAAUACCCUGGACCCAGCUCUUCUCCUGGCAGUGUCUGGCCCAGUCUCGUGCUGCCCCUCCCCAGGAGAAGCACCCACUCCCAGGUGCCCCACAACUGGACCCACUCAUAGUCUAUCUACCUCAUCUCUUCACUCAGCUCCUUGUUGCCGAUUUUACAAGAUGUUGACUAUAGAAACCUCGUUGUACUUGACUGUGAAAAGGUGAAGAGUGACGUCACCUCUCAUAGAAAAACCUCAGGCUUGUGGGAAGCCAGGAAAGUUCUUCCCCCUAGGCACCGCCCCCAGAUGCCAGGGUUCAAGACUUGGGCUCACUGCCCGAAGCAGGAAAGUCACUAGGAACUUGGGGAGAAUCUUGGAUUGAGAAUUGGAUCUAUUCAUCAAUGAUGUGAUUUAGUCCUGAAAGGGACCUUCAGGAAAUCAUUUUACAAAUGAGGAAACAAACUCAGAAGUCUCAUAGGUAGUGAACCCAGGGCCUCCAGCCCCACAUCCUGCACUCCUUCCACCAUCCUCUCUUAUAAUGGGGGAUGAAGGCAGAAGGGCUUAGGGUUAGGCCAAGGAUGGCUCCAGAUCACAGCAGCUCCAAGCAAGGAUUGGCCAAACUCUGUGUGUUUUUAGCUAUGUUAGGAACGAGAGGAAGAUCAAAGCAGGGGUAUGUGACCACUGCUGUCCAAGGCUGGGUCAAGGAUGAUGGGCGGCAGAGAGAAGGCCGGGGGGCUCCAGAUGUACUUCUGUUUUCUCUGUCAAAAAGUACCUUUGGACUAGAAGUUGAAACCCAAGACGAAUAAAGAAAUGGCUUGGUUUCCACAGUGCGUUCAAGUCACGCGGCCCAGACAAGCUGCCUCGUAGGGUUCUGAAAGAGCUGGCUGGUGCUGGUCUUUGGAAACCUUCUGGAGAACAACUGGAAAAGGGAAAUGUCUGGAUUUUCAAAAUGGGAAACAGGGGAGAGCCUUCUUGGGAUUUACUGUACAGGUGGCUUGUGAGCACCGGUCACUCAGAUCCUGAAGGACUUUAUCAGAAACGGGUCAUUCAGUUUAGCAAACUUGAAACACCCAGCUUGUGCAGGACACUCUGCUGGAAACUGGGGAUAAAAAGACAACAAAACAGGCGCUGCCCUCGAGGAACUGACUUUUCUGUGGAGCUGAAGCCCAGCUGAGGACAUAACCGAGGACUUGGAGGAGGACAGCGUCCAUGUGAAUAGGGAGGUGAGGGUUAGGUUUCAUGGAGAAGGCAAUGAACCACUGAGCUGUGAAUGGAGCUCUGCGCGGAAGCUGGAGAGAGUGAUUUUGGCCUGUUACGGGGCGGGGACACUGCUUCAGAAUGGGAGCUGGCCAAGAGGGCAGCAGGGUGCCUGUCAGCUGGAGGGUUCCCUCUCCCUGGACAUGGCUUGUCACAGACGUCAUAGAGGAGAUUCCUGUUCAGGAAUCAGCUGGACUGGACGGCCGCUCUGGUCUCUUCCAGCCCGAGACUGAAUGAACCCAAUUCUCAACGAGCUAAUAGUCUGUUUGCAAGGACUUGUGACUUUCAUCAUAUGGGUACUCACCCCACAGAUUCAGAUUGCAACCCGUUCCUGACAUCAUCUCACCUAGUGACCUGAGGUGCAGAGAAGCUAAGGGCAGGCCCCUGGGCACACAGGUGGUCAGUGUCAGCAUAUAACCCAGCUCUUCCAGACUCCCAAGUCCAGCACUGUGUCGUCUAUGUUGCACUGCCUCUCCUGAUGUUUACAAUAUUCUAAAUCAUCUCCGGUGAAUUCAGGGAGAUGCUUUAGCAUCAGGAAGAAAUGUAUUGUAAAGCUGUUUCUUACUUGAAACAUUUUUAAGAUUGUAAUUUUUGCAAUAA